GGUUUCCCUGGGAUGAGGAUGGGAGAGCCCGGCGGCGAGCUGAAACCCGAGCUGCCGCUCAGCUGGGGCUUGGGGAGGUCCCUGGAAGAGCCGCCAGCCCGCCGGCCUCCCGCGUCCCUCCUCUUGCUCCCCCGCAGUCGCUGGGCUCGGCACCACCGCGGGAAAGAUGGAGCUGGACCGGUGGACGCAGCUGGGACUCACGUUCCUGCAGCUCCUUCUCAUCUCGUCUUUGCCAAGAGAAUACACGGUCAUCAACGAAGCCUGCCCUGGAGCCGAGUGGAACAUCAUGUGUCGCGAGUGCUGCGAAUACGACCAGAUCGAGUGCGUCUGCCCCGGGAAGAAGGAGGUCGUGGGCUACACCAUCCCCUGCUGCAGGAACGAGGAGAACGAGUGUGACUCCUGCCUCAUCCACCCAGGUUGUACCAUUUUUGAAAACUGCAAGAGCUGCCGGAAUGGCUCGUGGGGGGGCACCCUGGACGACUUCUACGUGAAGGGCUUCUACUGUGCAGAAUGCAGAGCCGGCUGGUAUGGAGGAGACUGCAUGCGAUGUGGCCAGGUUCUUCGAGUCCCAAAGGGUCAGAUUUUGUUGGAGAGUUACCCCUUAAAUGCUCACUGCGAGUGGACCAUUCAUGCCAAACCCGGGUUUAUCAUCCAACUGAGGUUUGUCAUGUUGAGCCUGGAGUUUGACUACAUGUGCCAGUACGACUAUGUCGAGGUCCGUGAUGGAGACAGCCGCGACAGCCCCAUCAUCAAGCGUUUCUGUGGCAACGAGCGGCCGGCUCCCAUCAGGAGCAUGGGCUCCUCGCUCCAUAUCCUCUUCCAUUCAGAUGGCUCCAAGAAUUUCGAUGGCUUCCAUGCCAUCUUCGAGGAGAUCACAGCCUGCUCCUCGUCCCCUUGUUUCCAUGACGGCACCUGCCUCCCUGACAAAGCUGGAUCUUAUAAGUGUGCCUGCCUGGCAGGCUAUACCGGGCAGCGCUGUGAAAACCUCCUUGAAGAAAGAAACUGCUCAGAUCUUGGGGGACCAGUCAAUGGGUACAAGAAAAUAACAGGAGGUCCUGGACUGCUCAAUGGGCGAUAUGUAAAAAUCGGCACUGUGGUGUCAUUCUUUUGUAAUAACUCCUAUGUUCUUAGUGGGAAUGAGAAAAGAACUUGCCAACAGAAUGGAGAGUGGUCAGGGAAACAGCCCAUCUGCAUAAAAGCCUGCCGAGAGCCAAAGGUCUCAGACCUGGUGAGAAGGAGAGUUCUUCCAAUGCAGGUCCAGUCAAGGGAGACGCCAUUACACCAGCUGUAUUCAUCAGCCUUCAGCAAGGAGAAGCUGCAGGGUGCCCCUACCAAGAAGCCAGCCCUUCCCUUUGGAGACCUGCCUCCUGGGUACCAGCACCUGCACACCCAGCUCCAGUAUGAGUGCUUCUCACCCUUCUACCGCCGCCUGGGCAGCAGCCGGAGGACGUGUCUGAGGACCGGGAAGUGGAGUGGGCGGGCCCCAUCCUGCAUCCCUAUCUGUGGGAAAAUCGAGAACGUCACUUCUCUGAAGACCCAAGGGACGCGCUGGCCAUGGCAAGCAGCCAUCUACAGGAGGACCAGUGGGGUGCACGAUGGUGGCCUGCACAAGGGCGCAUGGUUUCUGGUCUGCAGUGGCGCCCUGGUGAAUGAGCGCACCGUGGUGGUGGCCGCCCACUGUGUUACUGACCUGGGGAAGGUCACCGUCAUCAAGACAGCAGAUCUCAAAAUCGUCUUGGGGAAGUUUUACCGGGAUGACGACCGGGAUGAGAAGACCAUCCAGAGCUUACGGAUUUCUGCCAUCAUUCUGCAUCCCAACUACGACCCCAUACUGCUGGACGCUGACAUCGCCAUCUUGAAGCUCCUGGACAAGGCCCGCAUAAGCACCCGUGUCCAGCCCAUCUGCCUCGCUGCCACUAGGGACCUCAGCAUCUCCUUCCAGGAGUCCCACCUCACUGUGGCUGGCUGGAACAUCCUGGCAGAUGUGAGGAGCCCUGGCUUCAAGAAUGACACGCUGCGCUCUGGGGUGGUCAGGGUGGUGGACUCACUGCUGUGUGAGGAGCAGCAUGAAGACCGUGGCAUCCCCGUGAGUGUCACCGACAACAUGUUCUGUGCCAGCCAGGACUCCAGUGCCCCUUCGGACAUCUGCACGGCAGAGACAGGGGGCAUUGCAGCUAUGUCCUUCCCUGGCCGGGCAUCACCUGAGCCACGAUGGCAUCUGGUGGGGCUGGUCAGCUGGAGCUAUGACAAAUCUUGUAGUCAUAGCCUCUCCACAGCGUUUACCAAGGUGCUGCCUUUCAAAGACUGGAUCGAGAGGAACAUGAAGUGA